GGCUUGCUAACCGGCUAGCCGUCUGAGCUACAGUUGCCUUCUUAUUCGGGGUAAAAUUAACCGGCGGCUCUGCCAUCCCGUUAACACCGGCUUAUCUGUACGACACAAUGCCGGUUCACUCCCGGGAGAAGAAAGAAAGUAACCACGAAGAAAUGGAGGUGGAUUUUCCCGAGCAAGACGGCAGCAGCACAGACGAGGAGGACACUGUUAGCUCAUCCGUGUCCGAAGAUGGAGACAGCUCGGAGAUGGAUGAUGAGGACUGUGAGAGGAGGAGGAUGGAGUGUCUGGAUGAGAUGACCACCCUGGAGAAACAGUUCACUGACUUGAAGGAGCAGUUGUACAAGGAGCGUUUGAGCCAAGUGGACAUCAAGCUGCAGGAGGUAAUGGCUGGCUGUGCCCAGGAGUACCUGGAGCCUUUAGCCAACCUGCAGGAGAACAUGCAGAUCAGGACCAAAGUUGCUGGAAUCUACAGGGAGCUGUGUUUGGAGUCAGUGAAGAAUAAGUACGAGUGUGAGAUCCAGGCAGCCUGCCAACACUGGGAGAGUGAGAAGCUGCUGCUGUUUGACACUGUGCAGAGUGAACUGGAGGAAAAGAUAAGAAGACUGGAAGAAGACAGACACAGCAUUGACAUUACCUCAGAGUUGUGGAAUGAUGGAUUGCACUCACGGAAAAACAAGAAAAAAGACCCGUUCUGCCCUGUCAAGAAGAAGAAGCCUGUUGUUGUUUCUGGGCCUUAUAUUGUUUACAUGCUGCAAGAUCUGGAUAUUCUUGAAGACUGGACUGCAAUAAGAAAGGCAAUGGCAUCGCUGGGGCCACACAGGGUGAAGGUAGAUGUCCCUGCUGUAAAACCCGACAGACAUCACCACGUGGCGCGCUCUGAGGACGGUCGACUUUUCUAUGACAACCAAUGGUAUUGCAGGGGACAAGCCAUCUGUAUUAACAGGAAGGACGAGUACCCUACUAGCGCCAUCAUCACCACAAUCAACAAUGACGAGGUGUGGUUCAAGCGACUGGACGGCACCAAGUCAAAGCUGUACAUCUCCCAGCUGCAGAAAGGCAAAUACACUAUCAAGCACUCAUAAAAACACACACUGACACUCGCUCGUACCCACACACGUACAGUACAAAGACCGUCAUCUUUGCCAUGUUUCUCUGCCUCCUUCCCAUGUUGUGUCUUUCUACAUGCUUGACAUAUGAACAGUACACACAGAGACACACACAUCAUGCAAUGCAAAGAUUUUCACUCGAAGCUUGACAAAUACAAACACACCUCAUUUCACUCCCUCUUUGUAUGAGUAACAAAAAAAAAACUGUCCAGAAACAUAUUUCCCACCUAUAACCCACCCAUUUAGAAGAUGGUCUUUUCUGUAAAUAUGUAUAUGUUUGUUGAUAUUAUUGACAAGGCCACAAAGUGUCAUUUUCUCUGGAACGGAGAUCAAUGCAAAGUGCUGCUAAAAAAAACAGAAAAACGAAGGGAGAAAAACCGGAGCAGUAGCGAACUGUGAAGCUCAGUCGCGUGCCUUUCUGAGACGAGACGAUGCCUCGGCUGAUCGAACAAAAGUCCUGAACUAUCGAUGCAGUGAAGCCUUACUUUGUACUGUGUUAGCACCAGGAGGACUGAAGCGGGUCGAUGAAUGAGCGAGUGAGAAAAUGUGAUCCAGGUGAGGAUGCCGUUAGACUUGAAUUUCAUGCUCCGCAGAGCCUGAUAAAUCUGUAUUAGGAUCCCCAGGGACCCCAGUUUGAGAAAUUGUUUUAGUUAGUUAAACAAAAAAAAAAAAAAAGCGUCAAUAUGGAGACUGAUUAAUCAAUUUUGAGUAAACGAUUAUA